AAGCAGACUUACAGGUCUCUCAAUAUUUAAGAUUAGCUAGUAUUCUGACACAUCGUCCCUGUAAUGCAAACAUUUUUUCAUAGUGAGUGGCGUAACCCUAGCAUCUUACUCCAAUGUGUGCACGGCAUUUUGAAACAAUGUCAGUGAGAAUUCGUAUCUUUAUAUCUACAGAAAUGCUUCAAUUGUCAACGUAUCGCAUUCCGGAUCGAUUACUUGAUACAGUUCAGGCAAACAAAGAGGCGAACAGGAGUGGUGUCCUUGAAUUGUAGAGGAAGCUAUGCAGCAGAAAUACAAUUAUGCUGGAGGUGCCUAAUCUAGUACACGCCUUCCAAGUUCUGAAGAAUCAACGGUUUGUGAGAAACAAAGGUCUUGACAAUGCACAUUUAUUGGUUCUACAUUUUAGAUGCCUAGUAGCGGAAAAGAGCUCAACCGGCCAGUUUCCAAGAUUCCAGGUGUUCUAGAAGUUGGUACUUCGAUUUUCAGAAACAUCCACUUACGUUUUAAAUAAAAAAGCUACUGUGCGAUAUUCUGUUACUAAUUAGAUAACGUAUUAUCUAUUCCCAAACGCUAUAUGAAAUAUAA